CAAAACCGGCACAUCCCUACUUAUACCGUCAGUGGUUGUGCUCGCGCUCAGUAGCACUCCAACUACAGUCUGGUCUGCAAGCUGUUCUUUACAAGCCUCGCCAGCUCUUGACUACGGUGUGCUCUGGACGGUGACUGCGGGUGGUGCCUUCUUCCCUCUCCCUCCCAUUGGUGACAGAACGGAAUCAGUAGACGAACUGGUGAACGAUUCUAUAAAUACUUGCUCCUCUCAUCCAUUGUUUUCCCCAAGCAAGAAAAUAUCACGUGCGGGAUGUAAACUGCCACCAAACACGAGGAGGUCAAACUGGUGCUUUUAACUGCCUGCCUCUCUGUUAUGGGACGGUGAACGAAACGCGCGUGGUGAAGUGGUCAGUCAUUUGUUGUACAGACUGGUGACGAUCUGACUGUAGCUUCAGAAUGGGGUGGCGAUGGAUGUCCACGGUGGCGGCGGCAGCUGUGAUCGUUAUGUCAUGUGAUGCUGUUAUUGCAAAAAAAUCUCACAGAGAACUAGAAUCUCUUAGAGUCAGCUUAGGAGAUGCAGUGUUUUCGAGACAACACGGAGUUGGACAAAACUGGGAGGAGUCAAGCUCGGCAGAAGAGCCUCAAAUAAAUUAUGACUAUUUUGUUCAGCCCACUCCAGACACAACACGUCCGCUUCCUAUUGCUGGAAGGCGGACAUUCAACCCAAGGAUAUCAGACAUUGACUCUCCUUUAGCAGACACUUCAAUAAGAGAUAGUGACACCACGGACAAGAACCUUGGUGCCAGGAAAGAGGAGAUCCUGCAGUACACCAAAACUAAUCCCUCCCACACUCAGGCCAGCACGGAACUGUACCAGGAGGAUCAGGUGUGGCCAAACGAGGACCCAUUCUCAGUGUUUUAUGACUCCAUGUUCCCCGAGAUGGAGUCUGUUAUUCCAGAAGAGGAGACACGCAAGAACAUUCCUAUAAUUUCUCCAAAGGCAACCCAGAAAAGUACGUCCACUACCAAUGAUCCAGAUUCCACGAUUGAGGCGUCAGCUGACACCACUCCUACAACCUUACUUGGCGAGACACAGCUGCCCACAACGGCGCCUGUACUGCUCUCCUCCUCAUCCAUGCAGAGCACACCAUCCAGCCAUAUACCGUCUCUUCUCAACACGUCCUUUGACUCUACUAGAUUCGAAAAAUUAAUCACGAGGAUGUCAUUGGUGUUAGAAAAGUUUGGUCUGUCAAAGUCCUUCACGAAAAAAAUCUUCAAAGAAGAAGAAAAGUUUCUUAACAACCUCAUACACUUGAAGCCUCUAAAUGACAAACUGAACUUUAUUUCACACCAUAAACUUUCUGCUGUGACUUCAAAGUUAAGCCUUUCGCCUUUACUCUCAAAGUUUGGUGUUGAAGAAAUUUUUGGAAAAAUAACUUCCAAACUGAAUCUUACAGACGUGGUCUCCAAGCUGGGUCUGCCAGACAAGGCAUUCAAAAUGAACCUUACAGAUCUUGUCUCGAAAUUCGACAUCGACGAUGUGGAUUACAUAGUAGACCUUGUCGAAGCUGCCUCCAAUCUCAAUCUUAAAGAUCUGGCAUCAAAAAUGAACAUCGGUCACGUGAAUGGUGCAAGAUUACAACAAGUACAAGUCAGUCUGUCACACCUGCUGGAGUACAUCAUGAGCCUGGAGUCAGUGAAACACGCCACCAAGGAGUUGGGUAUCAAUGAGACCACGGUGAACGGAGUCUUGGAUCGUGUGGAGGCAUCAGCUCGCCAGGUUGUGGAUGAUGGCAACGGAGGGAAGCUGCUGUUACUCCCGCUGUUUGACACUGUCAGCCUCAAUGUUGUGCAGAGUUUGGGCUUCACUGUUCUUAUAUUCUUUUUGCUGCUCUCCGCAUAUUCCUACAUCUCGCUAAAACCCGUCACCAUAGCUAGAGAUGGCUCUGAAAGGCCACCUGGAUCUUUGAUACCUCGUCCUUCGGAGUUGAAUCCAGACAUCAACCCACACUGGAGGACUGCCCUUGAUGCUGCUGAAGCCGUUGACUCACCCUGGGAGCAUGAGCGACACCACCACCAGGAACAAGGACAGCGUGAAACAGUUGCUACUGGUCGUCCAAUCCCGGUGCCUGAUCCCGCGGCGCUACACAGGUUGGGCCACCACGCAUCAAGCCACCUCAGGACUCGCCCACAACAAACCAACCCUCACCGCGGCCCUCUCAUCGUCCCUGUUAACUUCCGCAGUGACCACCACAUCAAACAUUUCCCUGUCAGUACUCAGCAAACGGGUCAUUCCCAGCCUGUACCAGUAAGGCCACACUCUGCCCUACACCAUCACGUUUCACACCACCCUGUCCCACACCACUCCCCCUCAACGUUCUAUUCCACACCACUCUGCCCCGCAACAUUCUGUCCCACAACAUUCUGCCCCACAACAUUCUGCCCCUCAACAUUCUGCCCCACAACAUCCUGUACCACAACACCACGUCCCACACCGUCCACUUCCUCACCAGACUUUCAUGGAACCACUAAAGCCAUAAUUGAACCACCACCCUUUAACCCUCUCCCUAAUGUUCAGCCGUAUGAACCAGAUCACUACGACAAGCACCGCCACUUCGCAUCAUAUGAAGACGACGAUCAGUACGAAGACCAAGACAAAGACGUUAGGGGAAACUUCCACAACAGCUUUCAAUGGAGUCACGGUCCACACACCAAACCUGACUCACCUAGGACACCUGAUUGGCACUCAAACCCGACGACUACACCCGCUGAUCCUGUAAAGUUCCACACCCACCACCACUCCUCAUCCCACACGCACAACUGGCAACCUCAAAGGACCAGCCAACACUCCCCCAGUUUCACCACUACCGUCCGGCCCAUCUCUGCCUUCACCUCGACCUCCACGCCCACCUCUCCGUCUACUGUCCAUCUAAGGCCAACUAGUAAAUACGCCAAAAGUGUCACAUCCUCCCUCUCGGAAAAGAAAGAAGUCAAAACACGCAAAACGAACAUCACUAAUGGGUAGCUGCAUCUAGAAGAGUCCUUGGCAGCAUUAACAGGAGUAGUUUGUUUUUCUUUCGUUCUUGACACCAUUACAAUGCAUAAUCAUUACAAUUGCUGAAGUGUGAGAGAAUGAUAAGUAGGUAGGCUGGCAAGCACAGAGAGUAUUGGUAUCAUGUGUCAGUCAUGAUGCCACACAAGGGUUCAGAACCGCUGGCCUUCUUAAGUAAUUUUGUAUAAUUUUAUAAAGACUUUGAGCCUUAACUACAUACUGUAAGCAAUAAGGGCAGUCAACAUACCAAAUAUAGGUCAAUCUGGCGUAAACUUGCUUCUUGGUCUUGAGAUGCAGCUGUCCGCGGUCACGUCUGGAUCAACUAACGGGUGGCCGUGUAUUGCUCGGGACUGUGCUCAACUCGAGCAUGUUCCUUGUUUCGAAGUGGCGACGUAAACAAAUCCUUUAGCUGGUUGGAAUAUCUGUAGCUAUUCACCUCUUGUAUACAAAGUUAUCUCUAAGUUUUGUUGUCAUUAGGGAUGAGUUAAUACUAUAGACGUAUGAGUGCGCUUGUCUUGUAUACUCUUACGUAUUCGCUUAGUUUGUUAGGCGUAGUUUGUCUGUUUUCUUGACUGUUAUGACUGUUAUUUAUUUAUUUAUGUUCAUCAUAUUUCUUAUAAAUAUGAACUUUU